CAUGUAGCAGCUGCAGCUAGAUCGCGCGGCUGGGACGCAGCAUAUUAAUCAAUAUAGCUGCCUCAGAGCCAGUGAAUCGCACUACUGGUUGCCGCAUAACUACGCCGCAAAAGUUUGCGCUUCAUACAAUUGACAGAUGGCGAGGCAUACGCGAUAUGCGCUCCUGAUAGCCGCCGCGGCGGCGCUGCAGGCGCCGCAGCGACGGCGAACAGCCGUCACAAUGGCCGCCGUGCCGCCGGGCGGCCGGGUCUUGGCCGUCGGCAACGGCCCCGUCUUUUUACUAGCAGCAAAAACGGCGGCGAAGAUGGGCUACAAGACGACGAUCGUCUCUGCCAGGGAAGAGCUCUUUACGCAACUGUUAUGGUCCGAAGCUAGGGAAGAACCUAGAGACCCGAAUUUGACAGUGCUCGGCGUCACGCGCGACGAAGAUGUUGAAGCCUUUAACGACGCCGUCGCGAACGCCGACGGUCUGAUCAUCGCCUUCGAUGCCGAGCAGACGCUGACGGAUACUCUGUUAGAUGUCGUAUUGCCCGCUACUGGUGGUGCUAAGAGGGUAGCGUGUCUGUCAAAACAUUUAAAUGGCAAGGGCUAUGGUCCCUUCGUCGCGGCCUCGAAAACGGCCGCGAACAAAGAGGUCUGGGCCGCCUCGGACAAGCAGGUCCAGAUGUACCGGGACUUCGAAAACAAACUCAAGUCCAAACUUGCCAGUAGAGAAGGGUCCGGUUUGACCAUCGUAAGAUGUGGCACGCUGAAGGGCGGCGGGCCGGCGUCGCCGGACGACCCCAUUCCGGAUGACGUUCCGACGUUGUCCGAGAAGCUCUAUGAUGACCUUGCGAAGGACAUCGUCAAUUGGCAGUUGCUCUUCGACUGCGACACGCGGGGCGUCGCGUUGACGCCAGGCGACUCGGCCGAAGGACCGGGUUUAAGGGCCGUCUUCACGGCCUGCGCGUCGGACGCGUCGCCGGGCGAUUCGGGGCGCGUCCAGGUCUGCCAGGCGCUGGUCAGGUCACUCGCGCGCGACGACGCCGAGGGGAAAGAAUUUGGCGUCACGACGGCGGCGGCCGAGAAGCACUCUUCGGAUGCGGAGUGGGCCGCGGCGCUGGAUUCCGUGCUCUAGGGCGUUAACUUAUAUCGUUGAACCAAA